AUGAAAUGCGUAAGAAGAAAAUUAAAAAAAAAAAAAAAAGCAGAUGUCAUCGUUCCCCUUGCACGGUUGUUAAUCCUUUUUUUUUUCCUUUUCUUCUUAUCCUUCUUAUUCUUUUUUCUGCUUCGAUCUUACCUUCCACACAAACAAAAACACAAACACACACUUUCCCCCUCCGCAUCAAGGAUCGAUUCCACACCAUCGUUUCGCCCAUUUCUUUUUAUUUUUAUUUUUUUUCAUCCUUCGGUUGAGGAAAUAUGGAACGGAAACAUCGCUCGCUACUCCAGUAUGUAG